AUGGAUGGCUGUUGGAGACCAGAGAGUUCGCCGCGCAAGCUGCUUUGGGCAGGCGUGUACCAGCAGCUGCUGCGCCACGCGCUGCCGGACUCGCGCUUCAACUGCGACUUCCUCAAGGUCACGCCCGACUUCCGCGGCUCGUCGGACGCGGUCGCGCGCGUCGCCCGCCUGCCGUGCUACCGGGACGCCGACACGAUCCUCGUCACGAGCGAUAGCAGCCUGGAGGGGCUCCGACACCGCGCGCUGAAGGACGGCAAGAAGCUUCUGGUUGGCACGUACCGCCUGCGACGGGGCUUUGUGCUGCUGGACCCCAAGCACAUAGCCGACAGCAGGCUCGAGCUUGCAGCGUGUCUCGACGGCAUGGAGAAGCCUGGGCUGGGUCGGCGACUGGACCUGGCACAGCUGAAAGAGGACGGGCACCGCAUUUCCAUGUGCGCGCUGGGCGGCCUGGUUUUCAACGAGCAGGGCGUCGUCGUGUGGGAGGGCGCUGCCUUGUUCGAGGUCCAGUGGGCACUGCUGCAGGAUCUGAAAGUGCUCGACGCCGCGGCCCCGGUCGUUGCUGUUGCCCACGAGUGCCAGGUCGUCGACGAGGCACAGCACGGACUGCCUGCGAUCAAAGCAGACAAGAACGGCGAGGUCCAGUGCGACUUCGUCGUUACGCCGGAGCGCACACUGGAGAUCAAAGGCGCUACAAAGCCAUCGCGUGGAGUCGACUUCACCAAAGUGGACCCAGAGGCGCUGGACAACAUCCCACCGCUGCAGGAGCUCAAAGGAAUCCGCAUGAUGGAACAGAUCAUGGCCAGUUCCGGCUUUGGCACCACAAAUGAUAAGGAAGAAGAACUCAAGACGCCGUCUGCAGAGGAGCAGAUGGGCAUUGAUAUCGUUGAGCGACUAAUGAAAGGUCUAAAGAGCUAA